CUCUUUUAUUCUCUCGUAUCCAAUUUUUUUUAUUUUAACUUGCAUCUCGAUUUUUCUUAUUCCUUCUUCCUCUUCUUAACGUUUUUUUUCUUCCUUUAAUGUCCUCCGAUAAACUGGAUAAAUCAGAUAAACAUGAGAAAGCGGACGGGUCCUCAAACGACCCGUAUGCAAUAAUGCUUACGCACAAUCUUCUCGGACAACCACAAUGGUCUUUCGCCAAAACCCUUUUAACCUUCACUGGGCUUUCCCUAGUAAUGUACAUGGUCUGCAGUGCCGAGACAAUCUUCAACCAGCUCCUCAGCCCACUCAAAGACAAUUUCAAAAGCAAUAUUUACGCACAAUGGAUGGAAGCAUCUUUCCUAUUGACCUGCGUGAUGGUGCAGCCCGUAUGGGUGAAACUUGCCGAGCGGUUUGGGCGUAAAUGGCCGUUGUUGGCGUCGAUUGUGGUGUUUAUGGUAUUUUCUAUUAUGGUCGGGGGUGCGCGGACCAUGGGGGUGUUGUGUGUGGGGAGGGCGUUGCAGGGCGUGGGUGGCGCGGGGAUGAUGCCGUUGGCGCUGGUGGUUUUGACAGAUGUGCUGACUGCUGGGCAGCGCGCUGUGUGGAUGGGGGCGCUGGGCGCGGUCAUUAUUGCCUCCAAAUGGUCCGGGCCCGUAGUCGGCGCACUGCUACUGCAAAGCGGUAGUGGCAACAGAUGGCGGUGGGCCGGGUACAUCAACCUACCACUGGGCGCCCUGGCGCUGGUUAUACUCUACACGAGCCUGAGAGAUAUCCCUGGGCCGAUUAGGCGCGCGGAGGAGGGCGAGAAGCUGCGGCGACUGAGAGAGUUUGACUUUUUAGGAACUCUAGUGUGGCUGGGCGGCAGCUUGAUGAUUUUGCUGGGCCUUUCGUGGGGCGGCAACGAGUACCCGUGGCGAUCAGCCACAGUUGUGUGCCUGUUUGUGUUUGGGUUCCUGGCCAUUAUACUUUUCGGCGUUAUCGAAUGGCGGUGGGCGAAAUGGCCGAUUAUCCCACUAACGGUUUUGCGCCGUUCGCGCACGGUUAUUGCUCUUGUGGCAUCGUUCCUUAUUGGCAUCUGCAUGUAUGGGAUGAUCAUGUUUGUGCCGGUGUACUAUAUGAUGGUGGUGGGGGAGUCGCCGGUGGAGUCGGCGCGUCAUAUCUUAUGGUUCGUUUUGGGCGGCUGCCUUGGGUCGCUUCUGGCCGGGUCCUUGGUGAGUGUGCGCGGGGGGCGGACGUUCUACCGCGAAUGGGCGGUGCUGGGUUGCCUGCUGAUGACGGUUGGGUACGGGGUGCUGUACACGUGGCCGCUCGCGGCAUCGGCCACCGUGCGACACGCGGGGUUCCAAGUGCUUGUGGGUCUGGGUCUGGGGCUUUGCAUGCAGCAGGUGCUUUUGGCGGCCCAAGCGGGGAUCCCAGCAGACGAGGUUUCGACGGUAACUACGCUCGUGGACUAUGCGCGCACGCUCGGCGGGAUGAUCGGGCUGGUCAUUGGCGAGGUGAUUUUGAAGGACAAGAUGUUCAGCACUGUGGCCGCGGCGUUCCCAUUCCUGGGAUCCGAGGUGUUUGCUGGUCAGGACGUGGUUGCACUGGAGGGGAUGGCGCCGAUGCUGGCGCAGCUGCCGGGGGCAAUGUCCGCCGGUGUGUACGAGGGCGUGGUGGAUGCGCUGAGGCUGGUGUUUGUGGUGGAUGUGCCGUUUGCUGCUGUUGCUUGUGUUUUGUGCGUGGCGUUGAGCAAUAUUCCACUGCAUGUCGUGCUGCCGGCUAGUAGGCCGGACGAAGUGCCGGAGGCGCUGUAUAGGCUGCAGCAGCAGAGGAAUGAUGCAAUUGUGUAAGAAAUUAAAAGCGCAGUAGGGGUUUUUAUAUUUUAUAUUUCAUAUUAUGGAAAUGAGUCGAU